GCAGCCAAUAGGAAGGCAGAAUGCCUGCAACUUAUUAGCAGACUGUAGUUCUUUGUGGGACUAAGUUGUUACAUGAAUUCUGCAGUUUCAUAAUUUCAGGAGGUCCUUCUGUGUUGAAUAGCAAUGUCGACUUCUGGGACUCUCAGCAAUUAUUAUGUGGACUCUUUCAUAAUUCACGAGGGUGACGAUCUAGUGCAGUCAAGAUACGCCACUGGCUCCCUGACUCAGCCUUCAAGGCAAGCAGCAAUAGGGGAGCACUCAGAAUACACUCCAUGCAGCUUUCAAUCAAAAACUUCAGUGUUUGGGAGCCCUUGGAACCCAGUGCACCCACAGACUGCAAACAAUGUAUCCAGUGUGUACCACCCUUAUGUGCAUCAUCAAGCACCAAUAACAGCCUCUGAUGGCAGGUACAUGCGAUCCUGGUUGGAGCCCAUGUCUGGAUCCUUGUCCUUUUCUGGCUUACCUACAAGCAGGCAUUAUGGUAUUAAACCUGAACCACUUUCCAGCAGGAGGGGGGACUGCACCACCACUUUUGAAACCCACACUCUGUCUUUGUCUGAUUAUACAUGUCCCUCUCCUGUUGAGAGGGAAAAGCCAAACAACGAGCCUGCAUUUGCCACCAGUAAUGGAGAUCCUGUAACAACCGCUGAAAAGCCUCCUGCUGACCCAAACAACCCAUCUGCUAACUGGUUACACGCAAGAUCAACUAGGAAAAAACGCUGCCCUUAUACCAAACACCAGACACUGGAAUUGGAAAAGGAGUUUUUAUUUAAUAUGUACCUCACAAGGGACAGGAGAUAUGAAGUGGCCAGAUUGCUUAAUUUAACAGAAAGACAAGUCAAAAUCUGGUUCCAAAACAGAAGAAUGAAAAUGAAAAAAAUUAAUAAAGAUCGCUCCAAGGAUGAAUAAUUGGGUCCCCUUGUUUAAACGCAUCGUCUCAGACAAGCGAUACUACUAUAGCAAGGCCUCAUUUUUUUUUAUUUCCCUGAAACAAAUAUCCAUUAUUGUAACAAAUCCCAGUAUCAGCACAUAGCUGCUAUGCCUGUGCUAUCAAAGAGGUACUGUAUUACAUCAAUUCUCUGUAAGACAAACAAAAAGGGGCAUUAGGGGUGGGCUGGCAUUGAAAAAAAGCUACCUGUUCUCUUCUACAAAAAAAAACUACCUUUUACAUUGUGCACAAACAUUUAUUGACUGUAUAUUCUAUCUGAGACUUAGGUAAUAUUAUUUUGCUGUUUGUUGGAGCAGGACUGCCUGCUGGUAUACUUGAAUAAUGUGUUUUAUUGUAGUAAAUCUAUUUGUGACUCGGUUUGUGUGCUUGAUCAAAUUCUGAUUGUUUAAGCUAGUAUUGAAAUGAUCUCAGGUUGUUUAAAUAGGAAAGAAUAUAGACGUAGGCUACAUACUUGCAAUGUUUAUCGUUGUUUCAGUAUAUAGACACUUAUUAUUGUCGAUAGUGGUGUCCUAUUAAGCUGUAAAAAAAAAAAAUGAUACCCUAGAUUGUUUGGCAAUCAGAGGGUUUCAGUAAGUUAGAAUUAAAAUUGAUAGUAUACAGAAUGUUGUAUACUGUGAUCGUCAGUUGUAAAUACAAUCUUUAGUGGACAGACAGAAAUUUGGAAGGAAAAAAAAUACUUAAAAAAAAAACAUAAAAAAAUAAAGAUAAAAUAAAGUUUGGAAAAUGGGAUUGCACCAGUGAGCCAGUCUGGUCUUAGACUAUGUAGAAGAGAAAUAAUUGUUCUACUACCUAUGGUUUAUGUUAUGAACUAGUUAAAUAAAAUAUGGCGCUCAUUGUAUUGAACUUAAAUUUAUUAAGAAUAAAUUAUAAACAAUAAAAGUAAAUUGGGUGAUAGUAUAUUUCUAUCGCGUUACACAGUUGAAAAAUAAAUAAAUAAAUGAAAAAUAAUUUAUGCAGAACAUAUCCUUUAUAUUUUACAAUAGUUACC